AUGUCCUACAAUUAUGUCGACCCACCGAACUCGAACCUGACGUGCUGUAUAUGCCGUGCGCCAUUCGUGAAGCCGGUCACGACGCGGACGUGCAUGCACACAUUCUGCUAUGAAUGUAUCAUCCAAGCGCUGCAACACUCCCCGCACUGCCCUGUGGAUCGCUCAUCCCUUGUACAAGAUGAUUUGCUUCCGAGUGACCCAAUAAUCAGAUCGUUAGUGGACGAAUUGAUUAUUGAGUGUACUAAUCUUCCACUAGGAUGCACCGAAACCUUCCAACGACAAUUGCUAGAAUCGCAUCUAAAGGACUCCUGCCAAUACACUGACGUUAUAUGUGGAGAGGAUCAAUGCAACGAGGUUGUGCUAAGGAAGGACGUUGGGAAGCACGCACAUGACUGCGCUCACCGAGCCCUACAAUGUGAAGGUUGUCAGGCCGAGAUCAAGUUCGUCAACAUGGAGGCUCACAUUUCUGAGUGCCCCGCAACUACCGCCACAUGUCCCUCUUGUUACCUUGAUAUGCCCAGGUCAGAGCUGAACUCUCAUCGCGAGACUUGCCCCGAAGUUAUUAUUGGAUGCUCCCAAUCGGCCAAUGGGUGCCCGUGGACCGGACCCCGACAUGCUGGGAAGACCCACAGUAUAUCCUGCCCUUAUGAGGCAAUCAAAGGCUUCUUUGCCCUCAAUCAAGAGCGUAUAUCCGCGAUUACAGGAGAAAACGCAGUCCUUCGGCAGAAGGUCGACACACUCGAAAGGCAGCUGCAUGCGACAAAACAAGAUGUUCAGGUUGCAACUGCUGCUCUAGGCCCUUGGUACCGAGCUCCUGGAAUUUGUCCUCCUAUCUCUCAGCGAGUUGCUGUAGACCUGCCAAUCGACGUCCAGCCUUCGUCUGCAUCACCCUCCAAUUAUAGUGGGAAUCGCUCCCCUCCUUUCCCAUCAUCGAAUAUCGGAGGACUUCCACCAAACGCAGCUGACCCCUUCGCGCCCUUCUUCCCUAGGCCAGAUGCCUCGGAACAAUUCAACCCCAGUUCGCCCCCAGAAACACAAUCAUUAAACCAAUUUCCAGGUCGAAGGAUUGUGUCCGGGUCAGUUCCUAACGGCAGCGAUGCCAUGCGGCCCGUUCAAAAUUCCGUAGCACCUGUAAAUCUCAGUUCCACGAUUGAAGGGGCGUUCGAAAGUCUUCGAGAGUCAGUGGUCACGGUUGCAAUCUCUGUCGAGUCGUUAGCCAGGCGCAACGACAUCGCUUUGACGAACGAAGCCCUACGAUUGAACGAGGAAAUAAUGUCGCUGCGGGCAAAUAUACACGGUUUGCGGAUGCAGGUCCACGCUAUCAUGAUGGAUCGAAAUGCACAAGUGACGGGGCGCUCAAGCGACUUCUCAUCUAGUGGCGAUGUGUGGCAGAAUGGUGUUCCUCGAAUCCAUUUCCCCCCAACCCACGGAUCAAUAACAAAACUAUAG